AUGCUCAAAUCCAACGGCCACUAUCAUCUUAAUACGACUCAGAAGACAGAGCUAACAAACGGCGCCGUUACGAGCAUAUGAUGACAUUCGUCUCCUCGAAAUCUAGGGUUUUAACUGGGUAUAAAGGGGAAGCGAUCUGUUACACGAGCUUGGUCCAUAAACCCCAACUUCGUGAUUUUCCAGAGAGAGUAACUAAUUUAGCAAAAAUCCUGAAAUAUUUGAUAAAUCUAAGUAUGGACAAGAGCAUGAUAGGAGAUCUGGAUUCCCUUCCCGAGGAAGACAAGCUCAGAAUGGCCACUAUGAUCGAUCAGCUCCAGAUCCGCGAUAGUUUGAGGAUGUAUAACUCACUUGUCGAGAGAUGCUUCACUGAUUGCGUUGAUACCUUCAAGCACAAAUCGUUGCAGAAGCAAGAGGAAACCUGUGUCAGGCGAUGUGCUGAGAAGUUCCUAAAGCAUUCAAUGCGUGUUGGCAUGAGGUUUGCAGAGCUCAACCAGGGAGCUGCAACACAAGAUUAGUCAUCAAAUCACGAGAGGGUGCGGUCACGCUAUCUUGGCCUUUCCUUUCUUUGUUUUUUCUUGGAGAAUCUCCCCCUUUUUCUUAUUUGAAAAAAAAAUGGACAAAUAGUGGUUGUACCCAUUUUUCAGGAUUUCACUUGUCAAGGGAAAACAGCAAAUUGUAUUCUGUAGAUACAUGGGAUCUGAAGUUGCUGUCAGAUAAGAGUUUUUACUGUUACUAAUCCAAGCAAUGUAGCCAUCCAUGACUUCCUUAAUGUGAUGAAUAAAGUGCGUUGUCCUUAUAUUUAUUGUGA